AUGCGCUCCCUCCCCAGUCUGCGGGGGCCCCGGACGCCGCCCCUGCCGCUGCUCCUCCUGUGCCUCCUCGCCCCGGUGCGCCGGAGCUCGGAGGACGGCCGUACCCCAGCUGCACCUUUCACAAGCCUACCUGUCCGGGAAGAAAUGAUGGCAAAAUACUCUAACCUUUCCUUGGAGAGUCAUAACAUAUCACUGACUGAACAUUCCAAUAUGCCAGUCGAAAAAAAUAUCACUUUAGAAAGACCUUCUAAUAUAGAACUCACAUGCCAGUUCAUGACAUCUGGAGAUUUGAAUUCAGUAAAUGUGACUUGGAGAAAAGGUGAUGAACUACUUGAGAAUAAUUAUCUCAUCAAUGCAACAGGAAGCAUCCUGUAUACCCGAUACAUGUUCACCAUCGUUAAUAGUGAACAAAUGGGAAGUUAUUCUUGUUUCUUUGAGGAGAAAAAGGAACAAAGGGGCACAUUUAAUUUCAAAGUCCCUGAACUUCAUGAAAAAAAGAAACCGUUGAUCACUUAUGUAGGGGAUUCAGUUGUCUUGAUGUGUAAAUGUCAAGACUGUUUUCCUUUAAAUUGGACCUGGUACAGUAGUAAUGGGAGUGUACAGGUUCCUGUUGGUGUUCCAAUGAACAAUAAGUAUGUGAUCAAUGGAAAAAAUGCUAAUGAAACAAGGCUCAAGAUAAUGCAACUUUCAGAGGAAGAUCAGGGAUCUUACUGGUGCCAUGCAAUAUUCCAAUUAGGCGAGAGUGAAGAUCACAUUGAACUUGUCGUGCUGAGUUAUUGGGUGCCCCUCAAAGCAUUUCUUGCAAUAGCUGCUGAGGUUGUUCUUUUAGUGGCUAUUAUUCUGCUUUGUGAAAUGUACACCCAAAAGAAAAAGAAGCACUCAGAUGAUGGGAAGGAAUUUGAACAAAUUGAACAGCUGAAAUCAGAUGAUAGCAAUGGUAUAGAAAAUAAUGCCCCCAGGCAUAGAAAAAAUGAAUCUGUGGGCCAGUGA